AUGAAGGCCCUUGUAUUCAAUGGUGUUGGAAAGAUCGCGCUUGAAGAUCGACCGCAACCUAGAGUUCAGGACCCCAGCGAUGCCAUCGGACAUGUUCCAACUGUAGAGCCGGGUCGAGUAAUUGGCCACGAGGGAGUUGGAGUUGUUGAAAGCGUUGGCAAAGACGUGAAAAAAUUCAAGGUCGGAGACCGCGUCCUCAUUGCUUGCAUAACGUCCUGUGCGACCUGCAGCUUCUGUAAGCAAGGCAAGUUUGGACUCUGCAACUCUUCAACGGGGGGAUGGAGGCUGGGGCAUACCCAUGACGGCACACAGGCAGAGUAUGUGCGAAUCUUGCAUGCAGAUGCUUCCCUUCAUGCGGUCCCGAAAGGAGUUGACGAGCGUUCACUGUUGGUGCUGAGCGACAUCAUUCCCACUGGACUAGAAGUUGGUGUGCUCCGAGGUGGAGUGAAACCGGGAUGUUCAGUAGCAAUCGUUGGAGCAGGACCUGUGGGCUUGGCAGCAUUAUUGACUGCACAACUCUACAGCCCUAGCAUCGUGGUCAUGAUUGAUAAGGACGAAGGUCGCUUGAAGGUGGCGAAGAGGAUGGGAGCUACCCACACCGUAAACCCGGACUCGGCCAAGGGUGGGCUCAAAGCGGCGACCAAAGAGCACCACGGGGAGAUUGAUGGCUUCGAUGUGGUCAUUGAAGCCGUAGGAGUUCCGGCAACCUUUUCUGCAUGUCAAGAUCUAGUUGGGAAAGGCGGUGCUAUCGCGAAUGUCGGUGUCCACGGCGCGAAGGUCGAUUUGCGACUCGAAGAGCUAUGGGGUCGAGGCAUUCAGAUCACCAUGGCAUUGGUUAAUACUAGCACCCUUCCAAUGUUGAUGAAGCUGUUCGAAGCCGGAAAGCUAAAUACUCAGGAGAUGAUUACCCAUGACUUCAAGUUUUCGGAAAUGCUCAAAGCUUACGACACUUUCGGAAAAGCAAGUGAGACUGGAGCCUUGAAGGUCAACAUCGAGAUGUAG